AUGGGGUUACAUGUUGAUGUCCUAAAUCGGCAGAAAGUUCGCAAGACUGUCCUACGUAAGGCUUGCUCCGAAUUCAACAUACAUCCAUCGAGAGACCGCAAGCUGACCAAAAAGGCACUCGCUUCACUGCAGCACACCCUUGUCAUUAAUAAGUAUCGCUUGCUGUAUUGCUAUGUGCCAAAGGUAGGCUGCACUAGCUGGAAGCAACUCUUCCUCGUGGCCUACGGCAUCGUCGAUAUCAAGGAACGUCAGAAAAGUAUGCACAAGGAAUCCAACUCUGCUUUCAAGACACCGGGCCAACUGGAACAGACAGAGGCCAAUCAGAAACUCCAAGACUACAAUAACUUUCUUGGUUUAUCAAAAACCGAUCCUAAAUAUCUGAAAGGGAGGAAUAAGACUCAACCAUAUUCGUUCCUGGAGUUUGUUCGAUUCGUCAUCGCGCAGAAAACAGAAAACGACCACUGGACCGUUCAAUACGAGUUAUGUCACCCAUGUCUGGUCGAGUACGACUUCAUCAGAAAGUACGAAACCGUGCAAGAGGAUGCAGAGACAUUUUUAAGAUCGGCGACGAACGAUUCCUUGCUCAAGUACCCAGAUACUGAUCCUGCAAAGCCAAUCACAAACAAUUCCAGUGAUGAGAACAUGGUGAAGUACUACCGCACCAUCCCGAAUGAUGUCUUCAAGUCCCUUAUCUCUUUCUUCUAUCGUGAUCUUAGAUUGUUCGGUUAUUCCAUACCGGAUGCUAUAAAGAGACCACAUUUACGGUUGUCGAAAUUACAACUGAAGUUAAAGGAACUUGAGUAG